AUGCUCGCGAGAAUGGCGCAACAUGUACGUGGACGGCCAAGGCCAGACUCACACGAAGAUGUGCUGGAUAGUCCGAUGAAUGUUUAUAAAGUAUCGUCACCUCGUAAACUCUCCACUGCAUCCUAUGCCAGCGCAGCAUUAGCUCAACGUCAACGUCAACAAUCAUCACCCCAACGCUCCCACCAGCCGCAGUUCAGUGGUAAUCAGCCGAAAGGUGACUAUAUCAUGGUGGGUGCACCCGUUGAGCCGGCUCGUAUACCUCAACCUCACUCGGCAGAUUUACGUUACAAUUCGGAAAUGGGGAAUAGUUCCGCAUCACAAAUGAAUUUGCCAACAUCGUCACUGGAUGAGUGCAGUGCACCACAGCGCUCAGUGGCAUCUGCAAUUUUGCUUCACAAUAAUGAGGGUGUUGUAAGAGGUGGAGCACGUCGGGCCGAGAGUCCGGUGACGUGCAUUGUGGAGAGUGCUCAUCAGGAGGCGAUUCGACGAGCAUCUGAAUCUGUGAUUUAUUCGUCGUCGUCAUCGUCACCGACGCUCGACGGUCAUCGAACCGACGACGCUAGUUAUCAGCCGAGUAAAGAAGGAGAUGAGAGCGGCAGCAACAAAACGAUAUCGCAAGCAAGUGCGUCAGCCGAUGGUAUCAUCACUACCCCGAAAACAGUAUUGUCAUGCAAUGACCGUAAGAGUGUUGCACAUGAAUUGUCGUCGUCAUUAACACAUCAGCAGCAGAACACACCUUGUUUGCAAGAAGACAUGAACACUGCACAAACUCAAACAUUAAUCACUGCUCGUGGACAUAACUAUAUUGCUGGUGGUGGUGCUGAUACGAGGAGUCAUCUUAAAUCAUCAAACGCACAGCAACAAACAUCUUCGUAUUUUGCACAACAGCAACAGACGUGGACUGAUGAAACGACUGGUAAUAAUCAUUUGGUGGAUGAUAAACAGCAGAGAUCAAUGCACCACCACGAGCAACAAUCAGCAGUUGUGUUGAGUUAUCAUAAUCGAUUGUAUGAUGCGAAUGGUCGUCUUCAGGAUGGUGUGGAAAUUUUGGACGAGGGUCGAUUGCAUCUUAAUCAAACAUCUGCUGUUAGUGGUGGUGCUGUAGCCGUGGAAAAAGGACAGCCACAGCCACAUCAUCAUCACCGUCAUCAGCAGCAACAGUCACAAGGAGAACAAGGAGGAACGGCUGAGGAAAUGGAUAGAUAUGUGGAAGAAUUUUUGAGACAACAUCAGAAAUCAAUGCAACCGAACGCCGCCGCAGCAUCAGCAUCGUUGUUGUCGUCAACAUCGGACGAUCAGCAGCAUUAUGCAGAUGAAAUGAAUGUGAAGCAGAUCAUAUGCGAUAGCAACAGUGAGAUGAUAACAUGGAUGGAUGAGGGUGAUAAUGGUGGUCAAGAUGUGAACAAGAAGCAAACAAUUCAGGCAGUUACAAAUACAGCAGCAUCAGCAGCAAUCAACAACUCAUCAAACUGCGCGCGAUCAGCAGCACCCACCACAUCGACACCGAUGCACGUGCGUCCACAGCAAAAACAGUCAUCCAUCGUACAAGAACCAUCUUCGUACGAUUAUGGAGUGCCAUCAUUUGAGGCAGUGCCCUCAUCGAAUACACGACGGAGUCUUCCGUCUCGUGGCAGAGGAGGCGCUAGAACUUCGAGAAUUCGUUCAUCGCAGAGUGCCAAUUAUGCUGGAGGAGGUGGUAGUGGUCUGCCAAUAGCAACAGCAGGAGCAGCAGCACAUCAGCAACAACAAGUGAAGACCAUGCACCCAUCUCAGUCCCCUAUAAGAUCAGCCAAACCACAUUCACAGUCACCGUAUCGCGCCAGUGGCCCACGUCUAUCGUCUACUCCAAGUGGUGCGGCCACAGCGGCAGCACAUCGUCAAAUCCCGACGUCACCAGGCCAUGUGGCCGGUGUGUUCUCAUCGUCUGCACAACACACACCAGCAGCUGUGUUGUCACCACCCCGAAUACGAUUGCACAGUCGAAAUACAACUGGUGUCAUUCAACAGCAAUUGUCAAACGAUGAGUUCAUUAAGCAACAACAGCAAAUCUCAUCUCAGCACCUUAUCCCAACCCAACCUCCACCGAUUUCAAUGCCUCAUUCGGAUAUGCUGGUAAAUGAUGCUAAAACAAGCAAUCAAAAUGAAACAAAUAGCAAUAGCAACAUAUUGCUCACACAACCACAACAGUAUCAAUCAUCAUCAGAUCAGAGUCAACUCAGUUCACCUGAGCAACAACAACAGCAUCAUCAUCAGCAGCAGCACGUUAAUGCAAUGCCUCCUCAAAAUAUUGUCGCGGAGCAACAAGAUCACGCAAUGAUGUCAGCUGCUACAACACCAAAUAUUCAUUAUUUGGCGGCGUUAGCUCAGCAAUCUGCUGCAGCAGCAGCGUCACAAAUGCAAUUGCAAGGUGGUGUUCCAAUGGACACCCUGAAUUAUGCUCAACAACAACAACAACAAGCGCACAAUACGAACGCACCGAACAACACAAGGAUGAUCGAGAUACCACCAGCCCACUUGAGUCAUCUACAAGCAGCAGCGUACAUCAACGAAGAGUUAUCAAGUGGCGAUGAAUUGCUGCUAGCGCAAACUGCUGAGCAUCUGCAACGGGGUCAAUUCAAUGCACCAACUCGCCAACCACUACUCAUGGGUAGAUCGUCAACUAGUGCUGCUGAGGAAGAGAAUAGUUUCACGGAGGAUUUGACGGAAGAAAAAGGUACCGAAGAAGAAUGCGGUGGCGAUAGGCGAAGGGUUGAGAACAACGCGUAUUCGUCGUCACAAAGCGAUGCCGAUGACAGCACGAAUGGGGAGGAAGAUUCGUGGGGUGAAGACUACACGACCAGAUGCCUGUGCGGUUUGGAUCAUAACGAUGAGUUUAUGAUUCAGUGCGAUGUUUGCAAGGUAUGGCAACACUGUAAAUGUAUGGGAAUGGAUCGAAAGCACAUUCCAAAAGUGUACAAAUGUGAAGUGUGCAAUCCGAGGCCGUUGAAAAUGACCAGGACUGAGGCACGUGACAUGCAGUUGAAAGCGCUGGCGAAACUUCGCAAAGAAAAGGAACGACGAAAGACGCGCACUGCGAAACAUAAAGAUGAACGAAGUGGUAGCAAGAAGAGACAGAUGACGACAAAAACGGUUAGUGAACCUGAGGAAUGA